UAUAAUUGACUCAGAAUUAUGCAUUGCUCUUGGAUUAAGCCUUCAAUACUUAAGAAUUUCAGUAGUUUGUUGGGUAGCUGCUAUGUGUCAUCAUCUUCAUGCAACUGUAUCAUCUGUUCCUGGGUGUGAUGAUCGACCAGUUUAUCUAAAGUAUAGUAUAUUCGCUUGGGGUGCACCAUUACUAACUCUUGGAGCAUCAAUAGUUGCCCAAACUUAUGAAACGAACGAUUUUUGGAACGUCACGGAUUUAACACCCUUUAACUGUUGGUUUUUGGGUACUACGGCCACGGUCUACACUUACAGUAUACCGAUCAUGCUACUUAUUUUAAUCUCCAUGUACUAUCUUUUGAAUGCUGCUAUUAUAGCGAGAUAUACAUACAGUAUGCACCUAGAAAUAAAGCAGCGUGAAAAGAUGAAAAAACGACAAACUAUUCAACUAAUACUUUUCACGAAGAUUUGCUUAACAGUUUGCUUCAUUGCUGGCUGUGGAGUUGUAGCGAGAGUAUGGAAAAUACCUCUGCUGUGGGCUAUUUUUUGUACGGGACACUCACUCCAGGGUCUCAUCGUGGCAAUUUCUGUGGCUUGCAAUUGUAAAAUAUUAAAAGUCUACGCCAGAAAGCCAAUGCCGUGCAAACAACAGAUUGCGAAAUCAUCAAGUAUGCAACUGUUGGCUGCACAUCCUGAUCCAGUG